GAUCUUUACGAGGUCGAAGUCAAGUUAAAAACCAACGCUGCGGUCCCAAUCCGCUUACUCAAGAAAAUCAUGAUGAAAUCGCUCGCGAGGAUAGCCUCCUUUUGGCAUUCUUGUUAUUUGCACGACGUCAACAUUUUGCUGCUCCCCCGCGCCCAGACCCCUGAGCAAUCGCCCCGCGACCACAAGUACGACUGUUUUGACAAGUACGAAGACCAGAGCGAAUGGUCCACCGCCCGCUGCUGCCACGGCCAUCCGG